AUGUUUGAUCAUACAAACACAAAGAAAGCUCACCUUGAGCUCGAAGAAAUUGCCAACUCCACCACGCAAAGCAUCAACUCAGUAGCGGUGCAUGGUGUUGGUGACUCCAUAAUCAGCCCUUUACUUUCCCUAACUCUCGUUACACUCAUCAACUCAUUAAACAUCCCGAAAACAGCAGCAACUCCACCCACCACAUACCAAAACUACACAACGUUCGUAAAAACUGUAUGCAACUCUACAACAUAUCCUACAAUAUGCUACAAUUCAUUGUCCUCAUACUCCUCCACCAUCAAAGCCGACCCAAUCAAACUCUGCACAACAUCCCUCAACGUCAACCUCAAAUACGCCAAAUACGCCACGAUGGUUGUCUCUAACCUUCUCAAAAAGGCUAAAGGCUUGCAUGGACGAGAUGAAAGACGUUAUCGACGAGCUCAACCAAUCCAUUUCCGAUAUGAAGAAUCUAAUCGGUGGAGGAGUCUCAAAGGAGAAGCAUCUGAAUAA